AGGGCUGGUUCAACAACACGCGCUCUAACAAAACGUAAACACGCGAUGGAUGUGGAUUUGGGUUUUGCAGAGCAGCCAAAUAAUGCGGCAUGGCUGAGUAAUCGCUACUUUCCCAGCAAAUUGGGCGGACAGCCGGCAUGGCUUGAAUUGGAAUCGCUGCCAAGCACAGCUCAGCUGCAGUGUAAGCAGUGUCAAGCACAAAAAGCAUUUCUCUGUCAACUGUAUGCCGCCUAUGAGGACGAGUUCAAUUUCCAUCGCAGCAUUUAUGUGUUUGUGUGCCGGAAUGGCGACUGCCAGCAGGUCAACAAGGCGGAAAACUUCACCGUGCUGCGUUCGCAGCUGCCGCUGAAAAACAAGUUCUACUCGGAACAGGAGCCCUCGGAGCAUGGAGAGCCUCUGCCUGCCAUAGCUAGUUUGAAGAAACUGUGCGCCGCCUGUGGCUGCUUUGCGCCUCAUGCCUGCAGCCGCUGCAAGGACAUCAACUAUUGCUGUGCCGCACACCAACGUGCACAUUGGCAGCAGCACAAGCCCCACUGUAGCGGCGGAAGCCUUCCAGAAGCUGCCAAUCAGCCCCUGCCAUCAAUUGAGUUUCCUCUGUACGAAAUAGUCAUGGAGAGGGAACCAAUAAGCGAGGUGUCUGCAGCAGUUGUAAAGGACGAGCAGGCAUGUCUAGCAGAGUAUGAGCAGCUGUCCGCCAGCGGCAAAACGGGCGAGCUAAGCGAUCUUCCCGAAAAGGAGCUGGACAAAUACUUUGGCAGUGCUUCGGCAGCCGAGGACAAAGCGUUUCAAAAAUUCAAGCAGCAAAUUGCAGCUGAACCCGAGCAAAUUGUGCGCUACAAACGCCAAGGUGAGCCCCUGUGGAUAGCAAAUGUGGCGGAUACGAUUGAAGAUCAGCUGCAAGCGCUGCCCAACUGUGCCCAGUGCGGCGGUCCACGUCAGUUUGAGUUCCAGAUAAUGCCACAAAUGCUGGUGCUGCUCAAGGAUGAAACACUAGACUGGGGCGUGCUGGCGGUGUACACGUGUUCGCGAAGUUGUCCAAUAAGCGGUUACGUGGAGGAGUAUUUGAUCAAGCAGGACAUUGUGGGAUCAGCUGCUGCAGAAUUGUCUUAAGCACA